CCUAGUCCCUCCCUGCCCACUCACUGCCCUCUCUUCUCUUCUUUUCUCUUCUCUUCUCUUCUCUAUCCCUACAAGCCACCGGUCCCAGACAUGGACACCAAUCUUUGGCUGUAAAAACGUACAAACUAAUGCAUCCGGUGUAUACUCAUCUAGCUGAGGCUUAAGGACCACCAUUAGAGGAUUAUUACCAAGUACCUGACUGGUUAGGAGGGAGCGGUGAACUUCAUCUUGAGGUCAAUCAUGCGGUUGUAAACCUCGAUACCACGACAAGGGAAGGGACUGAGAAACCCCUUUCACUGACCCUCCUCUGUCGGAUAUAAACGCACAUAGAAAAAAACCCAACUCCAACCACAACCAUGGCCGCCCUGAUCAGAGAGAACUUCAAGUUCGUGUCCCUGUUCUUCAAGAGCAAGGAUGUGAUGAUCUUCAACGGCCUCAUCGCCCUGGGAACGGUCGGCGGGCAGACGGCCUACAACAUCUUCGCCUUCAGCUGCCCCUGCUCGCCGGAGCGGAACUACCUGUACGGCCUGGCCGCCAUCGGGGUGCCCGCCCUCGCCCUCUUCCUGGUCGGGGUGAUGCUCAACCACAACACCUGGGACAUCCUGUCCGAGUGCAGGCUGAGAAGGUGCCGGAAGGUGACCGGCGUGGCGUUCUUCGCGCUGCUGGCGUCCAUCGUGGGCCGGGCCGUAGUGGCCCCCAUCACCUGGUCCGUGUUGUCACUACUCCGGGGCGAGGCCUACGUGUGUGCCCGCAGCGAGUUUGUGGAGCCGGCCUCCAUCCCGGGUUUCCCCGACAACCUGUCGCACGUGCCGGACGUCAUGGCCGGCUUCCCCUGUCAGCAGGUGCCCACGGAGGUGCUGCAGUUCUGGGGAGUGAUCGAGAGGAGGCUGAAGUACGAGUCCCAGCUGCUGGGCUGGCUGCUGGUGGGUGCCGUGUCGCUGACGGCCUUCCUGACGCUGUGCCUGCGCCACUGCUGCUCUCCCCUGGGCUACCAGCAGGAGGCGUACUGGUCUAGCUUCCGCUCGCAGGAGAACAACCUGUUCCAGCGCACCAUGGACGCCCACGCGCACCUGCAGGCCAUCCGCGGGGUGCGCAGCUUCUUCGGAUUCGCGGCGCUGGACGCAGACGAGAAGGCCCUCCUGGAGGAGGCGGGAGAGGCGGGGGCCAAGGAGCAGAUCCCCAGCCUGGAGUGGAACCGCAUCACGGGGGUGUACCUGUACCGGGAGAACCAGGGGGAGCCGCUCUACAGCCGCCUGCACAAGUGGUCCAACUACACACUGCUGGAGGACAAGGAGGACAUGGAGAAGGACAUGAACGGUGUCUCCCAGCUGGGGUUCGACCUCCUCACCCCGGCCGCCUGUGCUGGCCAUGUUGGGCUUCCCCGGAGCUGCCUGUCAUGCAGGGGCCGUCUCUCCACAGGCUCCAGGAAGGGCUGCCUACACGGCUGA